CUUCUCUUGCAGCCAGGGUACACAUUUACUUGAGACAGACUGUUAUUUCCUGUUCGGUGGCUGGUCAGGUUGACUCUUUAAGACUAGUGAACAUUUCUAAUGUAUCUUAUGCCUUUUUUUUUUUUUUGAGGUUGAGUAGGGAAGAGAUCUGUUGAAAUUCUAGCUGGGUAAGUGGGGGAUUCUCAGAAAUGAGAAAGGGGGAAGGAAAACGAUGUAGAAGCCGGAGAGCACAGCAGCAGCCCGAGACCCCCCUACCCCCCGCCUCCACUACUCUCGGCCCGCGACCUCCCGCGGAGACCCCAGGCGGCUGCAUCAAUAUUUGAUCGACCCUUCGCCCGCGCGCGCGUUGCCAGCACUCGCCGGUGGGGCUUGCCUGGCAUCGCCCGAGCUGCGCUGUAGCGCCGGGGCCCGCAGGGGGCUUUGAAAGGACCAGCUCUGCGCUCGCCCCCUCGCCAGGGAGGCUCUGCUUCGCGGCAGGGGCGCGGCGCCCACCAUGCGGGGCUGCCCGCGGCUGGCGCUGCUCUGUGCGCUGCUGCCCUGGCUCCUGCGGGCGGCGGCAUCCCCGCGCCCCGCGCAACCCCUGGCGCGCGGAGACCCCCGCGACCCCGCCAGGGGCGCCGAUUUCGAUCGCGUCUACAGCGGGGUGGUGAGCCUCAGCACCGAGAACAUCUACUCCUUCAACUACACCAGCCAGCCUGGCCAGGUGAAUGCUGUGCGGGUAUAUGUGAACAGUUCCUCCGAGAACCUCGACUACCCAGUCCUCGUUGUGGUUCGCCAGCAAAAAGCGGUGCUGUCCUGGCAGGUUCCUCUGCUCUUCCAAGGACUAUACCAGAGGAGUUACAACUACCAGGAAGUGAGCCGCACCUUAUGUCCCUCCGAAGCAACCAAUGAAACAGGACCUCUGGAGCAACUGAUAUUUGUAGAUGUAGCCUCCAUGGCACCCCUGGGGGCCCCGUACAAACUGCUGGUUACCAAGAUUCAGCACUUCCAGCUACAGACAAAUGUUGCCUUUCACUUCACUGCCAGCCCCUCUCAACCUCAGUAUUUUCUAUACAAAUUUCCUGAUGAUGUGGACUCAGUUAUUAUUAAAGUCAGGUCUGAAAUGGCUUAUCCAUGUUCUGUUGUCUCAGUCCAGAAUAUCAUGUGCCCAGUGUAUGAUCUCGACCACAAUGUGGAAUUUAAUGGUGUCUAUCAGUCCAUGACCAAGAAAGCUGCCAUUACACUGCAGAAGAAGGAUUUUCCAGGCGAGCAGUUCUUCGUGGUAUUUGUGAUAAAGCCUGAAGAUUAUGCCUGUGGAGGAUCUUUCUUUAUCCAGGAAAAGGAGAACCAAACCUGGAAUCUACAACGAGCAAAGAACCUUAAAGUGACCAUUGUUCCUUCCAUUAAAGAAACUAUUUAUGUGAAAUCCAUCCUUCUCAGUUUCCUCAUCUUCUUCUCCUUCUACUUGGGAUGCCUGCUUAUUGCAUUUGUUCAUUAUAUCAGAUUUCAAAGAAAAUCCAUUGAUGGAAGCUUUGGUUCCAGUGAUGGCUCUGGAAAUAUGGCGGUGUCACAUCCCAUUGCUGCCAGCACCCCUGAAGGAAGCAAUUAUGGGGCAAUAGAGGAGUCAAGCUCCAGUCCUGGCAGGCAGAUGUCCUCCUCCGAUGGUGGGCAGCCAUGCCAGUCGGACACGGACAGCUCUGUGGAGGAGAGUGACUUCGACACCAUGCCAGACAUUGAGAGUGAUAAGAACAUCAUCCGGACCAAGAUGUUCCUUUACCUGUCAGAUCUGUCCAGGAAGGACCGGAGGAUUGUCAGCAAAAAAUAUAAAAUUUAUUUCUGGAACAUCAUCACCAUUGCUGUGUUUUAUGCACUGCCUGUGAUCCAGUUGGUCAUCACCUACCAGACAGUGGUGAAUGUCACAGGCAAUCAGGACAUCUGCUACUACAACUUCCUCUGUGCUCACCCAUUGGGCGUCCUGAGUGCCUUCAACAACAUUCUCAGUAACCUGGGCCACGUGCUCCUGGGCUUCCUCUUCCUGCUGAUAGUCUUGCGCCGAGACAUUCUCCAUCGCAGAGCCCUAGAAGCCAAGGACAUCUUUGCCAUGGAUUAUGGGAUUCCUAAACACUUUGGUGUUUUCUAUGCUAUGGGCAUCGCGUUGAUGAUGGAAGGAGUGCUCAGUGCUUGUUACCAUGUCUGUCCUAAUUACUCCAACUUCCAAUUUGACACCUCCUUCAUGUACAUGAUCGCCGGCCUCUGCAUGCUGAAGCUCUACCAGACCCGCCACCCAGACAUCAAUGCCAGCGCCUACGCUGCCUACGCCUCCUUCGCAGUGGUCAUCACGCUCACUGUCCUCGGAGUGGUGUUUGGGAAAAACGACCUGUGGUUCUGGAUCAUCUUCUCUGCAAUCCAUAUCCUGGCAUCUCUAGCCCUUAGCACCCAGAUCUACUACAUGGGUCGUUUCAAGAUAGAUUUGGGGAUUUUCCGAAGGGCCGCUAUGGUGUUCUACACGGACUUCGUCCAGCAGUGCAGCCGGCCUCUGUAUAUGGAUAGAAUGGUGUUGCUCAUCGUGGGGAAUCUGGUUAACUGGUCCUUCGCCCUCUUUGGACUGAUCUAUCGACCCCGGGACUUCGCUUCCUACAUGCUGGGGAUCUUCAUCUGUAACCUGCUGCUCUACCUGGCCUUUUACAUCAUCAUGAAGCUCCGCAGCUCAGAGAAGCUCCUCCCUAUCCCGCUCUUCUGCAUCGUGGCCACGGCUGUGGUGUGGGCCUCUGCCCUGUACUUUUUCUUCCAGAAUCUCAGCAGCUGGGAGGGAACCCCAGCCGAAUCCCGGGAGAAGAACCGGGAGUGUAUCCUGCUCGACUUCUUUGAUGACCAUGACAUCUGGCACUUCCUCUCUGCCACAGCCCUGUUUUUCUCAUUCUUGGUUUUGUUAACCCUGGAUGAUGACCUGGACGUGGUUCGGAGGGACCAGAUCCCUGUCUUCUGAGCCUCCAGCACUAAGAAAGGGAGGGGGAGCAAUCGAUCUCGGUGCUGUUUCAUGAAAAUACAGGGACGGCAGCAAAGUCACCACUGCCAAAUGCUCCACUCACCUCGUCAGGUCAACUUGGUGUGUGCUCACACAGGGAGGACAGGGGCAGGAGGGAGAUUCAAGCCUGCAAGAAGGGAGGUGGAGGGGAAGCCACGGGUCUGGACAGAGGCAAUCCCUGAAGAGUCUAGAGACACCCAUCCCCUUGUGUUUGCAGUCCUGAGCUAAACGUGGACACAAGCUGCAUCCAAGUCAACUCUGUCUUGGGACCCCUCCCGCCCUCCUCUGAGACUCGCCGGCAAGGACAGAGUGAUGCUGCCCUCUUCUGUCCAGCUGCCUCCAGGCCCGGAGAGGCCAGCAGCUCAGAUCUCCUGCCCAGACACUUUUUAGAUGGGCCCCCUUCGCACCCCCACGGUAUCUGCUGCUUGACACAUCCCAGAGCACCAACUCGCUUCUCCAGGGUCCAGGGGUGAUACAGCUCCUCAGAGUCUGGUGGAGGGCUGAACCCACAUCCUAGGGCUUAGUAGGACCAGCUAGUCACCUCCUUGGAAGGAACGCUGUAUGCGUCCCCCAGGUUCCUGACCCCAUUAGAAGGGCUCUGGAUUGGGCUUUGUCACGCACUCGUCCUAACAGGUAACUGUUCCCAGGACCAAGGCUUGGGUACUCACCUACUUGUUAGUGUCUUCAUGCCACCGCUGUGUGUUGACCCCACAACUCAGGCUCUGCUUUCCUGGGUUAGGCCCCGGCGUUCUCUCACCAGCUCCAAGGUAGGCGAAACAGGAAAAACUCUUCUAGCAGCAGAAGGAGUGAGAGAAAUGACCGACAGGGCUAAGAGACUGGUGACAUCAGCCUCCAGCAAACAGACCUCACCCUAAGGAAGUGGGUGCCUAGAGUACAUGCAGCAAAGCUGAAAUUGCCUCCUCGAGCGUCCAAUUCUAACAGCUCGAUUCUGUGCCCAUGUCACCUGUGGGGAAUAAAUAAUUGUUCAAACCAGGGAUGCUGCACUGGGGGUCCUCUGCCACCGACCAAGCCCCUUACCUGUUACUUGAGGCAGGUUAGGGCCUCCAGAUUUUCUCUCUGAAGUUCUCUAGAAGUAACUCUCAGGAUGAACACAUUUUACUCAUCCUCUUGAGUUGCAAAGAGCAAGCUGAUUGAGGAUUGCUUCUUGGUUGCACCGGAUUCUCAUUCUCUCGCCAGUAAGGUGCUGCAAAGCCCACUUCACUGCCACCGUCUGACAUCUCUGCCCCUGCCACGCCCCAUUUGGACCAAACACCCGUGGUACCUGGAGGAAGAUGUAAUCAGAAAAGAGACAUAUGAAUGUGCACCCUAUAUAUAUUUGCCUGUGAAGUUGAAGUCACCUGUCACCUCUGCUUUCCUGAUCGUUCAUUAGGGAAAUGGAUCAGGCGUCCUUUUUGUUUAAAAAAGUAUUACUGUCUCUAAAAUAUUUGUAUAAUGUUCAAAGUCACAUUGCAGAAGUUUCAAUAGCAAACUUUUCCGGAUUUUAAAAACACAAAGAUGUUUUAAUGAAACUUUUUGUGAUUUUCUUUUCUAAAAUGUCCCCAAACUUAUCAUUGCUUUUCUACUAUUCUUCCUUCCUUAAAAACUGUUGGCUUCCAUAGGCUAUAUAAAGGCCACCUAUAAAAAUAGUUGUGAUAGUCUAACAUCUAAAACAAAUUUUGAAUCCAUUUAAUAAUGGCUCAUUUGACCUAAUUCUUUUAUUUUAAUGCACUGAUGGCUUCAAUCAAAAAAAAAAAAAAAAAGGGUGCACUAAGGAAAUGUGGACAAAGUCUGUUCAAGUGGCCCUGUGGCCCAAAGUGAAUAAAUUGUGAGAUGCGUUACCUGGUCCAGCAGCUUGUUUGGAAAUGUAUCUGUGGGAAUGGGGAGGGGACUCUGAACUGUGUUGUGCUGCGGUGUUCUUGACCGUUUAUUCCCAUCAUGUCUAAAUUAUGCUGUAAACUCACACACUGUGGUCAGUUCCCUUCUCUGCAGCAGGACUAAAAACCCAGACCAAGCCUGCUCCUACAACUAUCAAUUCUAAAUGUAGUUGUUGCUACUUCUCUCUACAGUACGAAUGUCAUGGCUGGAGGACAUGAGAAAGUUGUCCGACUGCAUCCGUGGUUGAUAGGAAUGCCGGGGUGGAGGGGGGCAGCCUCCCAGCUGAAUGGUCCCUUGUCCCUGUGUAGAACAAUGCCCACGCAACUUUUGUCUGUGCUCGUGGACUUCGCUUUUUAAAGAGAAGGGAAGAUUAAUCUGAAAGCCAAGUUCAGCCAGAGGGUAACCGGAGAAAACAGCCACUGUGAAGAGGUUUUUGGCAGACGAGGCACAGAAGUAAUAGGAGUAGGUCAGCUGGAGCAGGACCGAGAUGUGGCAGCCAGGGGAGCAAAGCUGUGUGCAUAAAAAAAUGACCUCUUCACACCUCUGACGAAUGCUGGAGAGGCAAGUCCACCUGUUGACGUUGGAUGGUUGAGGGAUUAGCCUGAUUUUAUUUUAGCAGCAGGAGAAGCCAGUGGAAAACCAGAGUCUAUCUGGGGAAGGGACUUUCCAUGACUGAAGGAGAUCACCAAGCCAGCUCCUGGUGCAAAGAAAGUGGCAGCUGCUUCCUUUGUAGCUCUGAGCAGCCACCAGAAUGUUCUGUGAGAUCACAAAAUGCCUGUGUCGGUAAAUCAAAUAACAUCCAAAAUGUUUCUCAUUCUGGGAGAUAGUCUCUCUGUGUAAAACUUAGGGGAAAGGGAGAAACAGAGAUAAACAUUAUUCACAGAAGGAACAGUGGAGCCUGGAAAGAUUCUUGAGUCAGAUUUUCAUCCAAGUAUGUUCACGUGCUCACUGUGUGACCUCAGGCAAGUUGCUGGAACACUCUGAUCCUUGCCUAACACACCCACUUGACAGUACAUUAGGGGACAAAAGUAGAGACGUGCAGAGCACCAGGAGUAGUGCCACGACAGAGAAGAUUGUCACCCCGUCCCUCUUGAAUCCCAUGGGGGGGGGGGGCAGGGCAAGAGCGGGUCUCUCCACUGGGCUGGCAUCUCUCUCCUCUAGAAGCUCUCCAUUGAAAUCUGCUGUCCUGUUUCCUGUCCUCAGUUCCAGGAGGCCCUGAAGGGUUUGGGAGGCCUCUUCAC